ACAGAGUUGCACGAAGGCCCAUUUGCAAGGCCCAUUUAAGCAUAAUAUCUUCAUGUCUAUGUCUCUAAACUAAAUUGUUACUAGCAUUACAUUUUUAUUUGGUUUGUGAAACAUAAGCAGUUAUACCAUUGUGCAUAUUAACUGUGCAUUAUAUUAAGUUUUGAGUUACUGCAAAGUUGCUUGUCCUUUGGAAAACGUAUUAUUUGCUUUUAAUAAUCUAUAUUCAUUUGAUAUUGUAUUACAAAGUAAUUUUGUAGUUCUCUAUAUUUUCAAUAUAUUCAGUUUGCAUAUAGCUUCAUAUAUAUCCAUUUUGAUAGCAUAUCAUUGUGAGCUUUAAGUUUUCUUCAUUUUGUGAACCAUUGUCAUAUAGUUCUAAGUCUAUAUCUCACAAACAAGUUCUUUUCUCAAAUCCUUUGAAUCAUCAAGACUAGCAAUUUUUAUAUUUAGAUUUUAUGGCUAAUACCGAUCUAUCUAAGUCAGCCAAGCCUGAGAAGUUCACCGGUUUGAACUACAAACGGUGGGAUAAUCAGAUGAAAUAUUAGCUUACAACUUCAGGACUUAUUUCUGCUAUUGACUCGGGAUUUUUCCUUAUCAACACCUACACCCUCUUCAUCAUCACAAGCUGAACCUACCUCCACACCUACCACAAUAUCCGGAAUUUCUAAAUCUUCUGAGGAAAUAAACUUUCAUUGUUACAACCGAAUCCUUAGUGCUCUUUCAGACAAAUUGUAUGACAUUUAUUAUGAGUAUAAAGAUGCAAAAGAUUUGUGGGUAGCACUAGAGUCUGAAUAUGGUUUAGAUGAUGCUGGUAUAGAAUGUUUUUCCUCCUCCUCCUUUAAUAAGUUUGUUAUGAUAGACAGUAAACCUAUCAAUGAUCAACUCCAUGAGUUUCAAGACUACAUCCGAUACCUUCAGUUGAAAGGAAAUACUUUCUCUAAAGAAUAUAAGGUAUCUAGUCUUAUUGAUAAACUUCCUCCUUCUUGGUCAGACUUUGCUAAAGAUCUCUGUCAUCUACAGGGUGACUUGACUCUUGUACAAGCCCUCAAAGGUAUUAGGAUAGAGGAUCAACAUAGGCAAAACUCCAAACCAAAAAAUGAAAUGAAAGCAAAAGUAAACCUAGUGGAAGAAAAGUCUAAUAACUUUAGAAACCCAAAUCACAAACCCAAGGGCAAUAAUUUCAAGAAGAAGAAUCAUUCUCAUCAUCCUAACCAACAUUCCAAUCUCUCUAGAAACCACAAACCUUUUAGCCAAAAGUCUGAGACUAAAUUUUGCUAUGUCUGUGGGAGAACUAAUCAUCUUUCGACUCAAUGCUACUACCGAAAGAAAGCUCCUAUCAAGACUCUUGUAGGUGGAAAGGGUGAAGAAGCAAGUCAUAGGGUCAACAUGGUAGAAUAUAACUCAGACUCCUUUAGGAAUCAAGUGGAGGGAGUGUAAUUCUAGAAGAUGACUCGACUAGACAAGUAAUGGGAAGUGGACGUGUGGACCUAAAAAUGACUUCCGGAAAGAUUUUGACUCUCCACAAUAUCGUACAUGUACCAUUACUUAGAAGAAAUCUGAUUAGCGAAUCUGUUUUAUUGAAAGUUGGAUUUAGAAUUGUUAAAGAGUCAAAUAAGUUUGUAAUUACCAAGAAUGAUAUAUUCAUUGGUAAAGGUUUUGUUUGUGAUGGUCUUUUUAAGUUAAAUGUAAUAAGAUCUUCUGAUAAUAAAAGUUCUUCUUCCAUAAUCUUAAAUGUUGAAUCUUGUGACAAAUGGCAUGGAAGGUUAGGACACAUAAACUAUGGAACCAUUAGAAAAAUGGCAUCCAUGAACUUGAUACCC